CAACAGUUCAACUCGACCUACGGACCUCAUCAUAGCAUCUAAAACAAACACCACGAACUGUGGGAGAAUAAUAUAUCACCAUCGCGCGAUUUGGCAGUSGGCUGUAAUUUCCGGGAUCAAUAGUUUUCCAAUUAAAACCCAGAUUAAAAACUACACACAAUUCUGUCAUGAGGGGCAGUGGGCGAUGGCGGCGAAUCGGCUGAGGACAAAGAGAAAAACGCAGAAGCAGAGAGGGAACGAUUGGAGGCGAUUCGGGAGGCCGAGGAGAGACGCAAAGAGAAACACCGCAAAAUGGAAGAAGAACGGGAGAAAAUGAGACAAGAAAUCCGAGAUAAGUACAAUAUCAAGAAGAAAGAAGAAUUACCCGAACCGGUACAAGAAGAGCCCGCCAAUCCGUUGAUGCGCAAAAAGAAAACGCCUGAAGAGUUGGCAAAAGAGGCAGAAAUGGAAGAGGAGGACGAAUUUACCAAGUUGAAGAAUACCAUYGAGACACAGGUGAACGAACUCAAAUCUCAAAUCGAGAGCAAGUGCAGCCUCCAAUGAGGUGUGUUCAAAAACAACGCGGAACAAAUAUGAUAACCUAUAAUGCAAAAAAAAAAAAUUAUAAAGAAAUAACAAAAAAAA